CACUCUCGACGUGGUUGUACCUGGAGCUCACGUAAUUCCCUCACUCGUAUUCCGUCCGUGUCUGCGAAUCGAGCCGAACGCACCCAGUCGCUUCUUCUCUCUUUCUCGACUCGCACGCCCGUGGACGUGCAGAGGAUGUGUUUUAUCGUGGAAACGCAGCCUCGACCGUUUUCGCCCUGAACGCGUUUCCGGCCGCAUGUCUCCGUUUUCAACGAUACGAGGAUUCCAAUAACGUCGCCCGUCCGUCGUCACAGUGCAACGAUGCUUCUUCGUCCGGCCCGCCUCGUCUGUCUCGUCUCUCUGCUCGGAGCAACAGCGUGGGGCGGAUUCACGCGGGGCUUCGACCCGCCUCGGCUGGACGUGGACGGGAAGGAGGUGCUGAAGGAAGCCGGGGGCACCCUGGAGCUUCGACACCCGGGACACCCCCCCGGCUACGUCCCUGCCCCUUUAUUUGGUCGGUGGCCGGAUGACGCGUCGGUCGAGAUGCGAGGAGGCUUUAUCUCCGUGUCUGGACGGUGGGAUCUGCAUCGAGGGAAAUCUGAGAUAAGCGCGAGGAUCGCGGAGUUCUGGAUCCGUGGGAUCCGACUCGGACGAUCGGCGCGGAAGGAAAGCGGCGUCUGCGGGUCGGAGGACGUGAAGGCGCGCGCGAACACGUCGGAAUGGACGAACCCGGACGCCUUCCACCCGUACGUGACGCAUCUGCAGCUGCGCGGACUGGAGUACCGGGACACGGGGUACAUCCGGUGCAUGUACGAGGGGACGGAGAACUUGGAGGCGAUCGAGAACGUCACCGGGAUUUAUCUCUAUGUCAAAGACGCGGAACACUUGCUGGUGGAGUCGGGCGGGGGCCCGAAGGUGAUCCAGGUGAGGCAGUACAAGUCGGUGGACAUCCCCUGUCGGCCCACGAGUCCGGAGAUCAACGUCACGAUCUGGAGGAAUCAGCAGGUGGGUGGCGGGGCGGGGCGGGAUUCUCGUGGGGUCUUGUUGUUGGAUGGUAUGGGUUGCCGUUUGAUGUUGUGGUGUGUUGGGGUGGGAGAUGCCUUGUGCAUGUCGUUUCGUUGA